AUGACAAUAGGUAAACAAGUAAAAUCAAAACUGAAGAAAGAGGGGGAUUUUGUCCCUCCUGAUGGUGGCUGGGGGUGGAUGAUCGUCGUGGCAGCGGGGUUCUCUAACCUGUCUGCAUUGCCGAUACUGCAACAGUUCGGGCUCUUGUUUCGGGACAAGUUUGCUCGUCUCGGGAUCAGCAGCUCCGAGACGACCACUAUAAUCAACAUGAACUCCGCCCUGACCUCUUGCGUCGGUCUAGCAAAUGGUCCGUUGUUUAAAACGUUUACCUACAGACAGGUGUCGCUGGCAGGAGCUACGAUUGUAUUCAUAUCACUAAUCUUGACUACGUUUUCUUACAACUUCGUCACUUAUCUUGUGUCUUUCUCAAUUUUAUAUGGUGCUGGCUAUGGUAUAAGCAGUUCAGCUAACGCCCUCGCAUUAAACACCUAUUGGAAAAAUAGAAGAAGAUUAGCAACUGGUUUAUCAUGGACAACCACCGGCUUAGGGCCCAUCAUGUGGCCACAUAUCAUCACAGGGCUCUUUGCUGUCUUCGGAGAAACAGGCGCUAUACUCAUCAUCAGUGGAAUAUCUUUGCAUGCAAUAGCCUGCGCUCUCUUAUUGCAACCUGUAGAAUGGCAUACUAAAAAACCAAAUGAAAAAGACGAAGAUCAAGAGAAACUUUUGAAAAGUGAUACUAAAGAUGAAAAGGAAAAGGUGGAUGGUAAAAAGCAAGAUAGUGGAUAUUUUAGUCAAAUGUCGAAAUUUAAAAACUUAAGUGCAUUUUCAAGUCAAUAUCUCUAUAAUGAAGAUGACCCAGUGAAUCCUGGUUAUGAGAUCACAGACCCUGGUGUGCCUAUGAUGUUGCGUGCAAACGAUGGCUAUUUUAGUCAGUCUAGACAGUCUAAAAGCAGACUUUCUUCAAGAGAAGGAUCAAACAAAAAUUCUCAAAUGAAUUCUAGACUAAAUUCUAAAAAGCCCUCAAUGACGAAUUUGCUCGAGAAUCGAUCUCGUAAAUCAUCAACUUUGUACUUAAAUGAAUCGAAGAAAAACUCAGCCGCUAAUUUGGGAGCGUUGGUUCAAGAACGUGAUACUUAUAAACCAAAGCGAAAAACCUCAAUUACAUUAGAAACACAAAUUCCAGAAUCUGAAAUUGAAGAUUGUCCAACAUUGAAGGCUCCUCAAGAUCUGAAGGCUGACGAAAAAGCAGUAGUAGAAAAAAUUGAUCCAGCUCACGCUAAAGUUAUAGCGGACAGAGCCGAAAAGCAUUUUGCUGGAAGCAAAAGCAUAAAAUCUUUUAAAAUGGAUGGCCAAUAUGGAGAAAAGUAUAAUAAGGAUAAUCACAGUAAUGUGUCACUAAGAAAAGAGCCUGAAGAAAUGGAUGAGAAGAAAUAUUUAAAAGAUAACCACAGCAACCAAUCGUACAGAACGCGACACAGGAGGAAAUCUAAUAACUUUAAUUAUGAAAGUGAAGUAUUGAAACAAGCGUCGCUGAAAUUGGAACAGUAUUUGAAAGAGAGUGAGGACAGAAAUGAUAAAAUCAAAAUAUUAAUUACACAAAUGGAUGACGAUGACAAUGUUUUUGAUGAGAAAAAAGAAGAUGAAAUAAAAGAAAAAGAAGACGUAGAAGAAGAAGAAUUAGAAGAAAAAUUAACGUUUUGUCAAAAAGUAGCAUUGUUCUUUGAUUUAGACUUAUUAAAAGAUUAUACAUUCAUUAACCUUAUGUUGGGUAUAACUCUAGCUAACUUUAACGAAUUAAAUUUUUCCAUUUUAACUCCAUUUAUUCUCGGGGACUAUGGGAAAACUAAAUCUGAAGUAGCAUUGUUCAUGUCUCUUCUAGCUGGGGUUGAUAUCUGUGUACGGUUCUGCAUACCAUUCGUUGCUGGUAAAAUUGGAUGGGAUAACAAUUCAUUUUUCCUCUUUGGUGUGAUGUCAAUGGCCAUGGGAAGAGUAGUCUUGGCCUACUGUCAAAAGUACUACGUGGUUCUGUUAGUGGCUGUGAUGAUUGGUUUCGGCAAAGGAUUGCGAACUGUAUUCAUGGCCCUAGUUAUACCAACACACGUGCCAUUACAUAAGCUACCGGGAGCUACGGGGAUACAAUUGAUUACAGCUGGAAUGGUUUAUCUAACUCUAGGACCAGUUGUAGGAUGGAUCAAAGACAAUGCAUCUACAGCAGUGACGCUACACUGUCUCAACAUCUUCACAUGGUUGACCGCGUUGUCCUGGGGCCUAGAGAAAUUCAUAACAGCAAGACGACAGAACGUAGUCGAAAAAGACAUUGUUAAAGCUUAA